AUGCCCAACACCCUUGACCAAUCGUUCGUCAAAAACAGUCCCUGGAAGCCCGACAUCUUCAAGGGCAAAGUGGUGUUCGUCACCGGCGGUGCCGGGACCAUUUGCCGGGUGCAAACGGAAGCGAUGGUGUUGUUAGGUGCCGACGCUGCCAUUAUUGGUCGUAACGUGGCCAAGACCGAAUCCGCGGCUAAGGAAAUCGCUCAGCUCCGCCCCGGCGCUAAAGUCAUUGGCAUCGGUGCCGUCGACGUUCGUGAAGUCCAGCAAUUAAAGGACGCUGCCGACCGCACUGUGCGUGAGCUUGGCCGUAUUGACUUUGUCAUUGCUGGCGCUGCCGGUAACUUCUUGUCCGACUUCAACCACUUGUCCUCCAAUGCGUUUAAGCUGGUGGUGUCGAUCGACUUGUUGGGGUCGUACAACACGGUCAAGGCGACUUUCGACGAAUUGAGAAAGAACAAGGGGGCGAUUCUUUUCGUUUCAGCGACGUUGCACUACUACGGGGUGCCGUUCCAAUUGCACGUGGGUGCGGCCAAGGCUGGGGUCGACGCGUUGCUGAACGCGUUGGCGGUGGAAUUGGGGCCCUUGGGCAUCAGAUCCAACUGCAUUGCCCCUGGUUUCAUCGACGGCACCGAAGGUUUUGCCCGGUUGGCGCCUCCCGCCGAAGACGGCGCCCCCGGUAUGGAACUGAAGGUGCCCUUGCAAAGAUUCGGGACCACCAAGGACAUCGCCGAGCUGACGGUGUACUUGUUCUCGCCUGCCGCUGACUACGUCACCGGUACCAUCCAAAUCGUCGAUGGUGGUAUCUGGCACAUUGGUGGCUUCACCAACGCCUUCUACCCGCAAGCGAUCAUCUCCGCUAACCUGGACCCCCAAAGUAAGCUUUAA